AAAAAAAAAAAAAAAAAGAACCUCAAUAUUACUAACAUACUUUCUUUGACCAAUUGUUUCAUAUAUUUAUUGUUAUAGGAUGGGAGAUGGCAGUGUCAACCUACCCCCUGGUUUCCAUUUCUGUCCAACUGAUGAAGAACUUGUCCUUCACUUUCUCCUUCGCAAGGCCUCACUCUUACCAUGUCAUCCUGACAUAAUUCCAGAUCUUGAUCUUUGUCUGCAUGAUCCUUGGGAAUUCAAUGGUAAGGCAUUGACUAGUGGAAGUGUGUACUAUUUCUUCAGCAAUAAGGUGACAGAAAAUUGGAUCACAAAAAAUGGAUAUUGGAUUGAAUUGGGUAUUAUUGAUGAACCUAUAGUCACCAGUGCUGGUAACAAAGUGGGAAUCAAGAAAUAUCUUGUCUUCUACAUUGGUGAAGCUCCAGGUGGAGUUGAAACUGAUUGGAUAAUGCAAGAAUACCAUCUCUGCAACCAUGAUUUGAGGGGUGCAUUGCACAACAGAAGAGGAAAACGAAAAAUAGAUUGUAGUAAGUGGGUUUUAUGCCGAGUUUAUGAGAGGAAAGGCAAUUUUGCGCAAUGGUUCUGCAACAGCGAUGAUGAAGAAAAUGGAACGGAGCUUUCAAGCCCUGACGAAAUGUUUUUGUCAGCUAUAGAUGAUGAAUUUGAUGACACAAGUUUUCCCAAGUAGAUUUGGUAUUAAGUUUUAGAUUAGUUAUCAUGUAGGCCUUAUGCCUAUGUGUGCAUGAAAUGCAAAUCUUAGUCAAAGUGUAAGAUUGAUAUCUUUACUAAGUAAUCUUUUAUCUUUUUUCUGAUUUUCAUUAUGCUGGCUACUUUGUGUUGCCGAUGUAUAAAGAAAUGUUGUAUACAGUGCACAAAAUUCUCAUUUCAACAGUAUAUGGGGUACUUUGUGUUACCAUUGUAUACUAAAGAAAAUUUCAAUAUA